ACUUGGGGGCUUAGGGAGUGUACCAGUACUAUGCAAGUAUGCAGGGUACUUUUAGUCUUCAACCACCUGUCCAUUUUCGUACCCAAUUGGGGAUGGUUCACUGAGUUUGAUCUAUGAAGAGUUACCUCUGUUAGCUCCUUCAAAAGAUUCUAAAAUGUCAAGAAGCAUGUCAUAGUGCCUUAAAGCGCCACAACCUUUCAUCAGAGCGAGCUCCUUGAGCCAUGUCACAUUGGAAGUUAUACCCUGGGAAUUUUCUUAGUGCUUAAAGCAUCGUUCGUCUUCUAUUUGGGUUAUAUUGUGCAUCUCUUUCUUCUACAGGGAGUGUGAGAGCGGAUUAAAACAAGCACGACGUAGUUCGUUGCAAUUCAGUUCACUUCUUCUGAAGGAUGGAGUAGAUCAGUGAACAAUGUGCAAUAUAUAUGCAAGCGAACAUUUUUACAUGAAGUUAUACAUGUAGAUAGAUAUGGCAGAAUUUGCAACCAUCCCAUCCAAUGUUAAGGUGCAUAUGGAUGUGAAAUUGUCAAGACAGCGACCUUGUGUGCCUAAAAGUUCACAAAUUCUAUCAAGAAGAAACCUGUCAACAUGGAAUGCUAAAGGCUCUUUCCCCCCUUAUUCUACAAAAGUGAUGGGAGUUGUGAAGAAAAGAAGCUGUCAAAGGUGUUUUUGCUUUAGUUCCUCACUUGAUGUUAAUGUUGUUACGGCUUAUGAUUGGGUCGCUAAUAUGGACCAAAUGCUUCUAACAACAAGUAUAUUCCUUACUUACUUGGCUGGAGUAAUUCCAUCAAAGAAGUCAUUUGUUAAUCCGAUAGAAAACAUCAAACAUGAUUAUGUGUUCCCUAAUGACACAUCCCUUCUCGGUAGUUUAAACAAGAAUGAAGAAGACACUAAAUUGCAGUUUGUUUGGGAUGUAGUGGAAGGAAAACUGUCAGAUUCUCUGCUCGCUGUAAAUCAAGAGGUGAAAUGGAACAUUUCUGCCAAUGAAGUUGAACAGAACGGUGCAAGAUGGCCUUCAAGUUUGUCUGCCAUUGCUGAAGGUCCUAGGCUACGUUUACUUUGGGCUUCUUUUCAGCUACUCAAGAAAGAGGUAGACAAUCUUUCUCAGAAUUCGGCUAGUGAAGAAAUGAGCACAGUUUCACUUUUCAAUGAAUCCAUUCGAAAAUCCAGUAAACAACUAUGUGUCUCGUGGUUGGAGGAGGUGAUAUCCUUAGGGAAGAGCAAAGCUGACAGAAGUCGUAUUUGUUCAAUGGUUGAUAUGUUGGAUGAGGAUGAAGGCAUUUUGCAGCUUAUCAGAAAGUUGGGCAAGGAGGAUCUAUACAUAGAAUUGGCGUCUGUCACUAAUUAUGGUUUCAGAAGGGAUGGAGCCUGUUAUGAUCAGAGUUUUAUGAAUGAGCAUGGUGUGGCCAUAUUAGAAGAUUUUGUAAUUACAUUGGCAGAAGGUGCUGCAAGCAUGUAUUUGGAGCUUAUUUCAGUUGAUAGUAAAGUGGCAAAUGAAAUGAACAGCCUUGGUUUAAGUCUGUGUACUUUAUCAACCCGAGCACUUCAGAGAUUACGGAAUGAGGUGGCAAUGCGCAAAUGGUUGCAUCUGAACAUGGAAGCAGUUGUAUCAAUGUAUGAAGAUCGCUUUGACUUGAGCACAUUUGAAUGCCGGGCCUUAGAGGAAUCUGGUAAACAAAAAGUCGAAAAUCGUCAGUGGUGGAACAAACUUGGUAUAAUGACGAAGUCAGGAACUGUAUCAUCUCCCUUUCGAGUUGCCAUCAUCAACCAAAUAUCUAUAGCUGCUAAGCGCACCAAAGAACUGAGGUCCUUAAGCGGGUGGAGAUAUUACUUCAGUCUUUUCCUUGAGUUGUCUGAUAUCGCCAUGCCCUUGAUAAGGACGUUCAUUGCCAAGAUCAGCGGUGCGAUUUCAUUCUUUCUAGUUUCCUUGAUUGGGCGAUCUCUAGGUCUUAUCUACACCGGUAUAAGGCAAUCCCUCAGAUGGAAGUAAGAGAAUGGGGCAUCUCAUUUUUUUUUUUGCCUGGCUAAUAGUCAUAGGAAAUUCAUAUCAAUAUUGACCACUGUAUUCUGUUUAAUGAGUUCAAAUGUUCAAUACAUUUUUUAAUACUGUAAAGGCGUUUUUGGCUACUCACAUGGAGCAAUCCAAAGCAAUAAAGCAUGCAACCUUUUUCUAAUAAUUCUG